AUGAACGUCCUGGUGUACAAUGGUCCUGGAACCACACCAGGCUCUGUGAAACAUACUACCCAGACUUUAAGACACUUUCUGGAACCGUAUUAUGCUGUCAGUACCAUAUCGUCUAAGGCGCUGCAAACGGAGCCCUGGAUGUCGAAGGCAUCGGCAAUUGUGUUUCCCGGUGGAGCUGAUCUUCCCUAUGUAAAAGAAUGCAGGAUGGUGAUACCUAAGAUCAGGGACUUUGUCGAGAGGCAGGGUGGUUUGUUCAUAGGUUUUUGUGCUGGUGGUUACUUUGGCACUAGCCGGGUUGAGUUUGCUCAGGGCGAUCCAGCGAUGGAAGUCACAGGCAAUAGAGAUUUAAAAUUAUUCCCAGGGAUUUCUCGUGGUCCAGCAUUCGAUGGAUUCAGGUAUAAUAGCGAGGAAGGGGCAAGACCGUGUCCGUUGAUUCUGCCUGAUGGGACCGAGUUCGCAACAUACUUUAAUGGUGGACCACUUUUUGUCGAUGCGGAUGAGUUCAACAAUACUGAAGUCCUUGCACGGUACAAAGAAACUCCAGAUGUUGCAUAUUAUGACUCUUCCUCCAAGACUGCUGAGGCAGGGCCGGCGGCUGUAGUUUUGUGUUCAGUUGGGAAAGGGAAAGCGCUUCUCACUGGACCACAUCCUGAGUUCAUUCCUCGCUUGCUGGAGAGAACUGAUGAUGUACACUUUCUCUCGAAGGUGGUCAACGUGCUGAAGGAAAACGAAGCUAAAAGAUUGAGCUUUCUCAAAAUGAUCUUCACGAAAGCUGGACUUAACUGCAAUAACGACUUUUCGAAUGUUAGAGCGCCAAACUUGACACCACUGCUAGUGGCAUCCUCAGAGGGUAAACAGGAUACUGUGAGCGAGUUUCGAAAUAAUAUCAUGAACGCUUCAGGUUUAAGGAAAACCGAUCGCUACGUUGAAAUCGAUGGCGGCAGCGAUAUCUUCCAUUUCUAUGAUGGAUUAUCUUCCUCAUACGAUGAUGCUGCAGCUUCUCUGUUGCACGAGGAACCGGAUGAAGUUGCAAAAGCAGUUAUCUUUCCAGCAGAGGGCGAAACGACUCCUAGCUUAGCUCUUACUUCCAAUUUUGACGUGGACAAGUAUUUCAAAUAUCUGAGCCCAACUAACAAUAUCGGAAGUCUGUUAAUGUAUGGAGAAGUUGUGACUUCCACCAGCUCGUUGUUGAACGAAAACAAGAUUAUUCUGUCUUGUAUACCAAAAAACUCUAUGCUGCAUGUAGGAACGAUUCAAGUUUCUGGUCGCGGAAGAGGAGGAAAUGUGUGGAUAAAUCCGAAAGGUGUGUCUGCUUCAACCGCCGUCAUUACGCUCCCACUGCGUUCACCGAAGACUAAUAAGCCGGUUUCUAUUGUUUUCGUCCAAUAUCUUUCAAUGUUGGCUUACUGUCAAGCUAUCACCAGUUAUGGACCGGGCUAUGAGGACUUGCCUGUUAGAAUCAAAUGGCCAAACGAUCUCUAUGCUUUGAACCCCAAAUAUUAUCAAAGUUCUAAAUUAUCAAUACUUGGAAAGAGAAUGGGCCAAGGAUCUCAAUUGCAAGUCAUAUCGGUAUCUGAUAUUGAGCCAGCCUACAUGAAAAUAGCCGGACUUUUGGUCAAUUCGAACUUCAUUAAUGACAGCUACACGCUGCUUCUCGGCUGUGGGUUGAACGUGAGUCAUGAUGGGCCAACAACCUCGUUGAAUACUUGGAUCAACUUAUUGAAUGAAGAGCGUGAGGCUGCACGUCUAGAUAACUUGGAACCAAUUCAAAUCGAGAAGCUGCAAGCGUUGUACAUGAAUCAUCUCGAAGCAUAUCUUCGUAAGUUUAUUGAUUACGGAGCGUCUUCUAUUCUACCUGAUUAUUAUCGUUUAUGGCUGCAUAGUAACCAAAUCGUAACACUAAUGGACCAUCAUAAUGCCAGGGCAAUGAUCACCGGCAUAACUGAAGAUUACGGUUUACUAGUGGCCAAAGAACUGGUUUCAGGAAGUAAUACACAGUUCACAGGAUCGAUAUACCAUCUGCAGCCCGAUGGGAACUCGUUCGAUAUUUUCAAAGGGUUGAUCUCCAAGAAGGCCGCUUGA